AUGAAGCUUAGCAAACAAGACGAUUUGGAUAAUAAUGGUGAAGAUGAGAGAAGAGAAGAAGAAGAAGAGAAGGAGGAGGAAUUUUCUUUCGUCUGCGGAGGAGCGAACACGUCGCCGAUAGCGGCUGAGGACAUAUUCAUUGACGGCCAGAUCCGCCCGGUUUAUCCACUCUUCAACCGGGAUUUAUUCUUCUCCGGCGAGAAUCUGCUCGACAGCUUGCCCACGAGGCCUCCGGUGAAGAAGGUCUUCGUCGAAACGAGUGAAUACGGCGGCCACGAGUCUCCGUCCUCCCCGGACCGGAAGGCGGUGGAGGUGUUGCCGGAUGUCUGCCGGAAGAGUAAUUCGACCGGUUUUUCCAAGAUCUGGCGAUUCAAGGAUUUCCUGGGGAGGAGCAACAGCGACGGGAGGGACGCCUUCGUUUUCCUGAACAGCGGCCACGAGGCGGCAGCGGCUACGUCUUCGGUGGCCAAGGGGGAGGAGAAGAAAGCGCUCAAGGGUAAAGCGAAAAAGGGGAAAACGGCGUCGUUGUCAGCAUACGAGGUGUACCUGAGGAGUAAGGCCAAGGACGAGGAGCGGCGGCGGUCGUCCUAUUUGCCCUACCGCCCCGAAUUGAUCGGGUUUUUCACUAAUGUCAAUGGCGGAUUGACUAAAAAUAUACACCCCUUCUAA